CUGCAAGUCGGCGUUAAUGUCUCUGUAGCGCGUAACGACAACUCGUGUUCUGCCUAUGACUUCACUGUUGCGCGAGUAAGACCGGCGUUUAAAGUGGAUUUUACGACACGGCUUCAAUGGUUCAAUACGAACAACCCCAUUCAUAUGUCUGGCCUCCAGAUUACAAUUGGAUGAAUAAUAAUGGCGCGUCUAACGUCAGUCAAAAUCAUUAUCCGGUUACGUCGACGGAAAUGUUGGUUCCAUGGCUGUUAUCGGUGUGGAUGAUGGGAAAAGCUCCGGAUGACUGGUCAAAUAAAUCUAAACCGCCAAAAAAAUCUAAUAAAGGUUUUCGAAAUGAAUAUGUUGGUUUUAAAGACCGUUUUACGUGGGGUCAAAUUGACCUAGAAUAUCCAAACCAAGAAUCUAAAAGGAUGGCGAGAAAAUCAGGAGCCUUCAUACCAGCAAAUAAUUUACCGCUCGGAAUAGAAGUAUGGAAAGACAAAAUGUUCCUGAGUAUACCUCAGUGGAAGAAAGGGAUACCGGUAACGUUAACCUCCGUUGAUUUGAACAGCAACUCUUCAUCUCCUCGGUUGAAACCGUUUCCAGAUUGGAACUGGUACACUACAGCGGACACGGAUCCAUGCCGAGGUCUAGUAUCUGUGUUCAGGAUGCAAGUGGACAAAUGUGAUCGGUUAUGGGUUUUGGACACAGGUUCCAUUGAUUUGGCAAAAAGUGUAAACCAAAUAUGCCCUACGAAAUUAGACGUGUUUAAUUUGAAAACCAAUCGACACGUUCGACGUUUCAUUUUUCCGUCUGCUCAAGUUUCCAAAGAUUCUUUGUUCACCAAUAUUGUUGUGGAAAUAAUCAACGACAAUUGCGAAGACGCUUUUGCAUACAUGUCUGAUGUAUUUCAAUACGGGCUAGUUGUCUACAACUACAAAAUGGAUGUAUCCCGAAGAAUUUUCCACCCGUACUUCUAUCCGGAUCCUUUGCAUUGCCGCUAUCAUUUGGACAACAUUACAUUUCACUGGGUAGACGGCAUCUUCGGCAUGAGUUUGUCGCCAGAAUCAAAAAACCGAGUUCUAUACUUUCACGCCAUGUCCAGCAAUCACGAAUUCUACGUUCCCACUUCCUCGCUGCGCAACGGCACUCUUGGCAGUGACAUACUUGACCAUUUCGUAUCAUUUAACGAUUCUAGAUGCCAUAAGCACGAGUUGUGUCAGACGUCUGCGUCUGCUAUGGACACCAAAGGAGUGAUGUACUACAACGUGGUGACCACGGCUAAGAUAGGGUGCUGGAACUCGAGACACGAGUUCAAGCCGUCCACGCAGGGUGUCUUAGAUAGUGGACCGGUUCAACUGAGUUUUCCCAAUGACCUAAAAGUGGACCAAGAGCCGGUACAGAGGAUUUGGAUGAUCAGCAACGGAUUACACAAGUACCUUUACAACAAAAUGAAUCCGAACGAGAUCAACGUUCGAGUAAUGAUGGCGUACACAGACGUCGUGACCAGAGGUACCGUUUGCGAUUCUAGAUAGUGCGAUAGAGGUAAUAGUCAAAAUUAUAAUAUUAUGUGGUUGUUAACAAACCAAUAGCCAAAAAACAAUUGCUCAAUGUAAUGUGUAAGUUAACCUUAAAACAACAGAGUUAACACAAAAAUUGUCUAUACUUAAUAAAUUAUUUUGAGUUUGUUAUAAAAUUAUUAAUAACUACGCUAAAAUAUAAAAGUUUGUUUUUACAAUUUAUUACUUCAUAUUUGUAGCACAGUUAAUACUAGGACUUUUGAAUGGAAGGAAUAUCAUCUAAAAUAUUGAAUUAUCGAGUAAAAUAGAUAAAAACCAUAUUUAACGUACUUUAUUACAUCAUUUUUAGCAUAACAAUGUCAGUGGACAAAAUAUAUUAAUAUGCCUAUAAGAGUUUUUGAUUGUGUGUUUUGAUGAAUUAUAUUUUCAAGCUAUAAAUGAUCGAACAAUAUAUGUCCC